AUGGGAAGAAGGAAGAAGAAUGCCACGGCGGACCCUCCCAAGCCCUGCGGUAACCCCGGCAUCUGGCAUGGCGCGCGAAAAGACUUUCUCCUCGGCUGGUUGAACGCCUUCUUCGACUGGGGCCAUAGCCAACGCAAGAAGUUCUUGGAGGACGUCCUAGAGGCGUAUCUCGAGCUAUUCCCGUAUCACUUUGCGGAUGGCCCGCCCGAAUUAUCGCCGGACGCGACGGAUGAGGAGCGUGCAGCGGCGGAGGAAGCCGCGAGGAAGCGCGCCAGAAUCGAGGCUGCAGCGCAAAUCAAGUCGUGGUUCAAGAACCAGGGGACGAAGGCCAAUGCCGUCAAGAAGAAGCCUUACAACAGCUUCCUUACAAAGAAUCUCCUCAAGGCUGCCGCCAUGCAGAAACCGCGCCACACCCAGCUCACGAAGAUGUGGAUGAAGCAACCCGAGAACCGCCCGAGGGUCAAUGCGGAGUUCGAACAGAAGUGGCCGACCGCCGGUCUUCCCAGCACGCACGAAGUUUCCUACCGUGUCAAAGUCGCGCGGGAGCUGUUCGAGCUCGAGGGCAGGGAAGUCAAGGAACGAAUUCAGCAGCUCGUGGAGGAGGAGCACCAACGUCGGAUCGCCGCCUAUGAGAAGCUCGCAGACGGGGACGAGGAGCUCACACCGGAGGCCAUAGACCUAUUUCGCGAGAACUUGGCGGCUCUGCUCGAGCCUCUGCUCGAAGAGGUGCUGCGCCUAUGCAACCUCACCACCGGCUCCAUUCUCCUUGCGCGCCCUCCAUCUCGCCCGGGCGAGAAAAUGGAGUUUCUCUCGUACCAUGUUGGCCGGACCGUUGCAAGUGAGGGAAACCUGAAGUUACCGGACUUCGAGCCCGAAAUCUACGCGGAUAUAUUUAUACGGCACUUCAUGCGCUUUGCGGUGCGCACUACCGAUGAAGGAGCGGCGUUGAACCGGGAGCAGGAGGCCGCCAAUCGAAGCUCCGCCGCCUUCAUGCAGCCAGGCCCCCCUCAACGACGUCAAGAAGUCGACGAGAACACUUCCGAGCGUCAGGCCGGGCCAUCGCGGUCGCGUCGUCGUGAUCGCCGCAAGCGCACCCGUCGCACUCGCAACAUCGAUGACGCGGAGCUCUCUGGCGAAGAGACGCCGGUGUCGGAGCCCGAAGGCAGCAGCAGCGACUCGGAAGACGAGAGCGAGGAAGAGGUCCCCUUGGCGACUCUGCUCAACACGGCUGCAGCGUCCAGCAACCGCACGUCGACAUCGAGCAUACCAACCGACGACUACGGCAUCCCCCUUCGCGAUGCCCAGGGGCGCGCCUUCCCUGCAGACCUCCGCGAGUAUCUAUCGCGGAUGUCUGCAGACAACCGUUCGCGCACGCUCACCGACCUCGACAAGUGCAGCCGGUACGAGUUCGACCGGCACUGUCAAAUCGCUCGUACGCGCCUUGCAGUCCGACGCGAGCUUGAACAGUCCGGGCUACUCCACCGAGGCGACCCGUUCUAUGGCGAAGUCACGCCGAAGAAGGUUGUCCCUAGCGCGGAAGAUCACCCUCCCUCGCCCACCACUCCAACUCGCGCACGCGGGACUAAUUGCGACGACGACCGGUCCCUCCACGGCAAUGCGGGUUCGGAGCGGAAUGGCAUGGAUGGCCGGGGCGAUGAGGGGGAACCCGACUGGAAUGGCAGUGGCAACGAGGUCGGCGGCGCGAACGCCGUCGACGAGAACGGCGCUGGCUCGCGCGGCGUGAGAAAGAGCGGCCCCGGGCGAGGCGGCAGCGACGAGGAGGACGAAGGUGGCGAUGGCGGCGCCGGCAGCGGGGGGGAGGACAGCGACGACGAAAGCGACGGUGACGGCAACCGCGACGGCGACGGUGACGGCGACGAGGAGCAGCAGCGCGACGAUGAGCUGCCUCCUGAGCUCUUAGCCGCGCUGGCGCGCGCAGCGAGUCCUAGCGCGCUCGAACCCCCGCGCCGGCGCCGCGCGGCCACCCCUACACCUCCACCUUCGCAUGAGCCCGGAAGAGCGAGCGUCCGCAAUCCGAAUGAAGGCCCCGGGCAGACCGACGGGCUCGCCGCCGACGAGCAGGUUGGUGCGCCGUCCACGCACAACAGCGUCAACUCGCUCGACCGCAACUCGCUCGAACGCAGCACCCGCAGCGUGAGCAACAACGCUGCGGCCUCUUCGCGCAUCGUCGCCACUGCCGCCGAUGAGGAUGCCGGAGAGCGUGGGACACAAGACGAAGACGCCGUGAUGCACGAUGUGGACGGUCUGUCGGAAACGGCGCGGGGGCUUAGCGGGGGGGAGGGCGGGGAGGAUGCGGGUGCGGGUGCGGGUGCGGGUGCUAUGACCGGACAUCCCGCGGGUGUCGCGACUCACCUGGCUGACGAGAGCGGUCGAGAGGGCUCGGCGUCGGGUAUGAAGCGACGUCGCGGGGGUGGAGAGGGGAGCGGGAAGGGGCGCGAGGGCGCUGGUCAUCGCGGCGGCCAAGGCGGGGGCUCCAAGCCGCGCGCGGUCAGCGUCUUCGCCGCCGAUCGCAGUGAAUGGGAGGACUGGUUCAAGCUCGCCGUCGACAACCUCGUUCUCGAGAAUGCCGACGGCUCGGUGCGCGCCGCCUGGGACGAGCUCUUGGGCGCGUGGUGGGAGAUUGAGAGGCGCAGGGGCUAUAAAUCGAAAGACCUCCUUCCGCAUAGCAGCCGCCGUCCACCCGCCAUCGGGGAGUGGAUCAAGCGCGCUCGCGUUCCCUCAUAUGCUCCGAAGCCCGGCAAGAAGCAACCUAUUCAAGAUUUCGUCGAGGACUGGGCGAGCGCCAUGUGGGCGUGGUGGUCCGACAUCAACCCACCCUGGCGAAAGCGCGAGAAGAACGGCACGGUGGCAGGGCGCCAGCGCGGCGACUGGACUUCGCUCAAUUGCGGCGGGCCGAACAGCCACCUGAACGUCCUUAAGGGCCUGAAGUGGUGGUUCGACAUGGAGGGGAAGCCCGAGGGAUCAGCGCCGUGGCUCAAGCUCGUGAAGGACGUGCAGUGGGUCCUCGCCAGCGUCCUAAAGGAUCAAAGGGAUGCUCAAGACCUCCCCGAGCGCCCAGCGAAGCGCAAGAAGGUGUAG